CUCCGGCUUCCUUGAAGUUCCUUCUCAUUUCAGCUGUCAUUUUUUCUAACAGCGCUUCCCGGGGUCUUGUAAACUAGGGAUAUUAUAUGUUUAUGCACAGAUAUUAGUGUGUCAGUAAGGCCCUGCUUAUCUGAAGUCAAGGAACAGUGUUUUUAUUUUUAUUUUUCAUUUUGUUCAUUGAUUUCUUGAUUUGUCAUGUGGAAUGUCAUCAAAGUGCAAGGUGUUUUGAGGACAUAUCUGGACUGAUGUUCAGCAGGUUGAGAUGGAACUGUCUGAAUGUGUCACACAAAAGUACGGGAGGCUGCGGAAGCUUGUGGUGUCCAGCUCUGAUAUGGAUGAAAGGGAAUCCAUGCUAGAGGUUGAGUGUGACGAGGAGGCUCUUCUACCACAGUCAGUCAGGGCUGAUGGACAAGCGAAAGCAUGUCAUGGGAUCAAAGGAGAACUGGGCAAUGUUGCCCUGUUAUUGUUUUUGUACUUGCUUCAGGGCAUUCCCUUAGGUUUGGCCGGGAGCAUCCCUCUCAUCAUGCAGAGUAAGAACGUUAGCUACAAGGACCAGGCCUAUUUUAGCUUCGUCUUUUGGCCCUUCAGUCUAAAGCUGCUCUGGGCUCCCCUGGUGGACUCUCUGUACCUGCGGCAGUUUGGCAGGAGGAAGUCGUGGCUGGUGCCCACUCAGUACCUGCUGGGUCUUUUUAUGCUUUACUUGUCAGUCACGGUUGAUGCAAUGCUUCAGACAGAUGGACAGAGUGGGCCAGAUGUGAUCACACUGACUGCAGUCUUCUUCAUGCUGGCUUUCCUCGCAGCCACGCAAGAUAUUGCCGUCGAUGGCUGGGCUUUAACUAUGUUGUCCAGGGAGAAUGUGGGUUAUGCUUCCACUUGUAACUCUGUGGGUCAGACGGCUGGAUACUUCUUAGGAAAUGUGUUGUUUCUGGCUCUGGAGUCUGCUGAUUUCUGCAACAAGUAUCUGAGGUUUGAGCCUCAGGAACGGGGCAUUGUAACACUCUCAGAUUUCUUGUUUUUAUGGGGGAUUGUGUUCAUGGUAUCUACUACUCUGGUUGCUAUACUGAGAAAGGAAACCAACAGACACCAUCAUACUAAGAAGCAGCCUAAAGAGGAGACGCAGAGUGUUAUGGAGACCUACAAACUUUUGCUCCGCAUUAUUAAAAUGCCCACUGUCUUUACCUUCUGUGUCCUAUUGCUGACUGCUAAGGUCGGUUUCUCUGCUGCAGAUGCUGUGACUGGUUUGAAGCUAGUGGAAGCCGGGGUUCCUAAAGAACAGCUGGCUCUACUGGCAGUUCCCAUGGUGCCUCUGCAAAUCUUGCUGCCAGUAGUUAUUAGUAAAUACACAGCUGGCCCACGUCCACUUGAUGUUUUCUACAAAGCUUUCCCAUUCAGGCUGCUGAUUGGUCUGGGGUACGCCCUGCUGGUCUGGUGGACCCCAAGUGUUCGGCAGGAGGAGGGCUUUCCAGUGUAUUACUAUGCUGUUGUGCUACUGAGCUAUGCAGUACAUCAGGUGGCACUAUACAGCAUGUAUGUUGCCCUCAUGGCCUUUCAUGCCAAGGUCAGUGACCCUGUGAUAGGGGGCACCUACAUGACCCUUCUGAACACUGUGACUAAUCUAGGAUCAAACUGGCCCUCUACACUAGCUCUAUGGCUGGUAGACCCUCUCACCUUUAAAGAGUGCCAGGGAGCCCCAAGGCAGACGUGCGGAUCAGUUGAAGAAGCAGGCCUCUGUGUCAGAGAGGGCGGCACGUGUGUGACGACACUGGACGGUUACUACGUUGAGUCUUUGGUGUGUGUGCUGAUUGGUCUCUGCUGGUGGAUGUUCUUCGGGAAAAAAAUGAAGAGGUUACAAGAAGAGAGCCCCGCUGCGUGGCAUUGCAGGGUUGUCAAAUAACAUAGUCUGUACUGGACUCUGUCUCUUGUUUUAAAGUUACUUCAUGCCUUGCCCUCUCUUUCCUUCUCUGAGCAACUACUUAUUUUUGUCAUGCUACAGCAGGCCUGUAGACAGGCUUUAAACUCUGAAACAGUAGAAUGUACUUUACUAUUACAUUCUUAGCAUAUCUGUUCCAUUAUCCCCAAGAAUCAGAGCUUUUAUGCCAAAUAGAGAUCUGUAGAGAUGGCACUAGCGUAUGUGUGAAGUACAUGACGGCAUGACAUUCACUGCUCAGCUGCCUUUUAGCAUUUGUCUUAGAAAUACUUGAGUUCAUUCCUGUGCCUUGUGCUUUGCUUUUUAUAAUUAUCAUACAGGUUUCUCCAAAAAGACUGUGGCUCUUCUGAUAUCAUACAUGCCAUAAUUAUGAAGAAGUAGUUGCUGCAAAAUUCACGUUUCAGCUUUUUCUCCAGAAAGACUUGAUGGUUGCACUUUAUUUUAUAGUAUGUGUACAUUUAUGUGCUUAUAGUGUACUUCCAGUGUAUUUAUCUAAGAAAGUUCUGGUAAUAGAAGGUAACUACAUGGGGUAGGGUUAGGUUUAGGGGGAGGUUCAGGGUUAGUACCUAGUUAUUACAUAAUUAUUGUAAUUACUAUAAUAAGAACAAAGUAUGUACAUGUGGAACAGGACUGUAAAAUAAAGUGCGACUUGAUUCUAAUUGAGCUCUUCAGGUGGAAUGUACGUAUUUAUGCAGUAUAGACCCAAAUUGCUUCAACAAUCAAAUAACUGGAAAAAUAAAAAUGGAAGAAAGUUAACUAUAACUUCUGCAAGAACAGGAAAAAAAAUUAUAUAAAAAAAGACUGUAUUUUCUUUUUUUUUUUUCUUUUUCUUUGUGUUUUUAUGGCCAGUGAAGUUUGAAUGUGUAUAACUGAACUUAAUAUUCAGGAAACCUGCUGUGUCUUUUAAGAAACCACAUUUUGUAAGCGAUACCAAAACAAACAUCAACA